AUGAGGACGGCUGUGCACGUCUCAAUCAUGCUCCUCCUUAUAACUUUUUCUGACUGUGCCAUCAUUACGGGGGCCUGUGAGCGGGAUGUCCAGUGUGGGGCAGGGACCUGCUGUGCCAUCAGCCUGUGGCUGCGUGGGCUGCGGAUAUGCACCCCACUGGGGCGGGAAGGAGAGCAGUGCCACCCCGCCAGCCACAAGGUCCCCUUCUUCCGAAAACGCCAGUACCACACCUGUCCCUGCUUGCCCAACCUGCUCUGCUCUAGGUUCUUGGAUGGCAGGUACCGCUGCUCUGUGAACUUGAAGAGCAUCAAUUUCUAG